AUGCCAACCCAACUGGACCGAGUUAUGAACUCGAAGAACUUAUUACUCGCAUUUGCCGGUCUUGUAGCUGCCGCAGCAACAUGGGCGAUCAUGGGAAACGAACUUUUCCCACCCGAACGUGACCCGGCAGGAAACCCAGAAUCCUGGACACUAGAUGAAAUAAAGAGAUGGCUUCGAGUGCGUAAUCUUCUGCCGAGUGAUAACCUGGAGUACGGCGACUUGCUGGACCGCGUCAAAGCAAACAUGCGGCCAUGCGGCGCGCAGUAUAUUUGA